AUAUAUCUAACCUAUUGGAAUGCAAUAGUCCCACAUGUAUAAUUUUCUAGUUUCACUCAAGAAACAAAAUCAAGAAUCAAACUUUAUAUAUAAAUUGAAAUAUUCCCACAUUUAUUGUCUUAUAGGUAAUGCUUGUUCUACAUCUCCCAUUUACUUCUCCAACAUCUUCCUUUGGUUUCACUCAAAGAACAACACAACCUUAGUCUAAAAACAACUUCAUACUAUUAGUCAAACUACUGCUCAAUCCCUUGUUAUCGUUUACUCUUCAUUUUUCUAGCGAGGUCUAUCCUACCUACCCUAAUAUUUGUCACGACCCAAAAUUCCAAGCGAAAUGGAUCAAUUGCAACCACAACAACCUGUUCAAGUUUAUCCUAACAAUCCAAACAAUUUCCCAAACCAACCAAACAAUAUCCCAAUGACUCAAUCCUCUUCUUCUCAUAACUCAUCAAAUGGUUCAUUUGUGAGUGUUUUUGUUGUCCUAGCUAUAGUUUUUGUCAUAUCUGUUAUUGCUUGUGUUGUAGGACGUCUAUGCAGCAAGAAAAGCAAUGGUCCUAAGGUGAAGAAAAGUCAUGGUCAACCACAAAAACAAAAAGAGGGAAAACAAAAUAAGCACAAUGAGUUUCAUAAUAAAAGAGAAAGAGGGGAUAUAGAAUUUGGAUUUGAUAAGAAAAUUGCAAGUUCUAAAGUGGCUGCAGCACAUGGAGAUCAUUAUAAGGCGUCUAAGCCUUUUAAGAAUAGUGGAGGUAAAGGCGGAGUUAGAUUUUCUGAUAAUCAUAUUGAUUUCAAGCUUGGUCCAUGAAAAUUUGUAGGAAAAAAAUCUUCAUAGAGGAACUCCCUUUAUGUGCUAAUUACUUGGUAGUAGUUUUUAAUUUUAUUUGUUAAAUUUUAAGUGCUUUCAUAACAUGGAGGAAGGGGAGUAGAAAGGUAAAGGGAUUCGUGAGUCACGCAUUUAUUGUGUGGAAAACUUUCUGCUGGUAAUUACUUCCUUAUGUUUUUUUUUUGUUGGUUAAUUGUAGCUUUUGGCCUGGGUAUUUUGUUUUGUAUUUAUGCCUAAUGCAACAUGAUUGUUGUA